AAACCUCCAUGACCGCGGAUGGCCGAGAGAAAACUGAUCCUCCACCUUCCUCCACCCAGCCGGCAGAGAGACCCCAGGCUCCAGCUAAACCUGCCCAGGAGAGGACCUCCUCCGUUCAGAAGGCGGGUCAAGAGAAGCCGCGCCCUGCAUCCCGGCCGACAAUGGGGACGCAGUCAAAACCAGGCCGCAAAAGCUCCACCACGUCCCCCACAAGUAGCCCGACCCUCCCCAGCCCGGUGCCCAGGAAGAUCAGCUCGGCGCCUGCUUCUAAACCAGCUCGCGCUCUCCCUCCCUCCCUCUACCCGUCCACUUACGGAAAAGUGCUGACGGUAGACCUGUACAGUGAACCCAACCUCAGCUCGUACAACAACCAGCGCAGAGAAAGAGAAAAUAUCAGCACAGUCAGUCCCACCACCAACAGACCCACGUCCAGACCCAUGGCCACGUCUUCUGGGACCAAGCCCGGUGUCUUAUCUGCGGCCAGACCCACUUCUGCCUCCACACCCAAAACCAAACCCUCCUCGGAACAUCACGGCAGCUGCAGACCCAGCCUCAACUCUGGACUCCUUCCCAGCCCCAUCUCCAGGCUACCAACAUCCAAACCCAGCUCUUCUCUGGCUCCUAGACCUUCAUCAUCCUCAUUGUCUUCAUCGUCGGCCCCCAGACCCAAACUAAAGAUGCCGUCAGACCAGCUGUCCUCCAGACCCAGGCCCAAGCCCAGCCCGGGGCAAAGUGACGGCGGAGGCUCGGCAGUGAGGCGAAAGCCUGUGUCUGCAGAGCCCCUCGUGAAACUGGACCACGAAGGUGUGACCUCGCCCAAGACCAAGAAAACCAAGGCUUUGAUGUUGCUCGAGGGUCGAGGCAUCAGACGAGAUCACGCCCCCAUCACCACGGCCUCGCCCAAUCAAAAACCACUGAAAGCAAAGCUGAGAGCUCCAGAUAGAGACACGGGUCUGCCCGAGAAAGACUCCGCCUACAAAGCACCAAUGCUGGCUAAGGAGAAGGCAGACAGUCGGGGAGGUGGUGGAAGAGGACAGGAGGUGGACACCAGAGAGGAGAAAGUUAAAAAAGAAGAACGAAAGGAGGUGGAGAAAAGAAAGGAGAGAAAGAUGAAAGAAGAGUCUCAGAGUAGCAGCAGCUCAGAGUCAGAAGAAGAAGGUGACAAAGGGAAGAUGAAGAAAAAGAAGAAAUGCACCUCAAGCUGCUCGUCCUCCUCUUCAUCCUGCUCUGGUUCCUCCUCAUCUUCUUCAUCAUCUUCAUCCUCUUCCUCUUCUUCCUCCACUGAUGACUCUUCCUGCAGCUCUGAUGAAGAGAGGACGACUUCACCUCCACCAGGCCCUGUCUCCCCACCUCCAGCACAGGACAACUCAAAGGAGGAGACUAAAGAAGAGGAAGAAGAAGAAGAGGAGGAGGAGGAGGAGGAAGAGGAGGUAAAGGAGGAGGCAGAGAUAAAAAUGGAGGAAGAGGAGGAACUAUCACCUCCCUCAGAGUCUCCCUCCCCUUCAACCUCUCCAUCUCCUGCUGCUCCCGCUCCCUCUAAACCCGGUAAACCAGCCACCGGGAAGGGCUCCGGCCAAAGGGGUCGUCCUCCCAAACCGAAGCCCAUUGGAGGAGAGGGGAAAGUGGGGAGACCAAAGCGGAGAGAGGGGGUCCACCUCCCCACCACCAAGGAGCUGGCAAAACGUCAGAGGCUUCCCAGUGUCGAGAACAGGCCCAAAAUCUCUGCUUUUCUUCCAGCCAGACAACUCUGGAAGUGGUUUGGGAAACCCACUCAGAGACGCGGUAUGAAGGGCAAGGCGAAGAAGCUCUUCUAUAAGGCCAUCGUUCGUGGUCGAGAGAUGAUCCGCAUCGGUGACUGCGCCGUGUUCCUGUCGGCCGGACGGCCCAACCUGCCCUUCAUCGGCCGCAUCCAGAGCAUGUGGGAGUCCUGGGGCAGCAACAUGGUGGUCAGGGUCAACUGGUUCUAUCAUCCAGAGGAGACGAAUCCUGGAAAGAAACUCACCGACAAGAAGAACUGGGAUCAGAUGUGUGGUCAGUCUUUACCCGCAGCUCUGCACUCUUCUAUCCAGAGGAAAGACUUCAUGGAGCGCGCCCUGUACCAGUCGUCUCACAGCGAUGAGAACGACGUGCAGACGGUCAGCCACAAGUGCCUGGUGGUGAGCGUGGACGAGUACGAGCAGAUGACACACACGCGCCGCUACGCUGACAGUGAAGACCUCUACUACCUGGCCGGCACUUACGAACCCACCACUGGCAUGAUCUUCAACACUGACGGAGUCCCGGUCAUCUGCUAAAAUAAAAAACACUCGGAUGAGUCGCUGAAAUGAAAUUGUGACCCGACUUACCGACCUUGGACCCGACCCCCCCGGUCUAAUCACUGAUGUCCAUUCACGGUUGAUGUUUUGGCUGCAGUGACUCGACGAGCGCAACCACUCCAGCACCAUGACGCACUUCAACCUGACUGUCGGCUACCACCACCACGGAGACGGGAGACACUACAGACAGUAUUAAAAAGGAACAAGUCUCCUGAAACAUUUGCACACACAGACUCCAUCGUCACAAACUGCUUUUACUCGUUGUCGUGUUCACGGGAACGUUUCAGAACACGCACGAGUACUUCAGUCACCUUCUACGUGUAAAUAUACUCUGCAUAAACACACUUACACUCACAUGCACAGACACAUGUAAAUACUCACCUCAUGUAACACAAACACACACACAAAGUUAUAUAGAGGAGAAUAUGAGUGUUUUAUUUUCAUGUAUCAGAUUUAUGUCAGAGUACUUUUUUCUAAAAGAGGUAAACCGUCGAGAAGCUUUAAUGAACUGUGAAUGGUGAUACAGGAGAGAGGUGUCCGUCCGUCCGCCCGCCUGUCUUCCUCCGCCCCUGCAGGACGGGCAGACAGACGGGCGGGCGGACGCACACACACGUGGUGUGACGUUGUGAUUAUGAUGUUGCCGUGGUGAUGUUACAGUCAUGUUACAGUCAUAUUAAUGUAUCUACAGAACAGCAGGAGCGACGGACUGAUGCAAAAAGGGGAGAGAGAUGCACAGAAAGAGAGAGAGGUAGAGUCGCAAUCCAAAAGAGAGCACUUAUAAAAAACACUUAAAGUCUAACCUCCUUUAAUUUAACCCCUUCGAUUUCCCCCGUGACAAUCCUAACUCGAGCAGGAAGAUCCGUCCUCGCGAAACUAAAACUUCUGACUCCCUCAGAGACUGAAGAGAGAGGAAGGAACCGUGUACUAUAAAAAAAAAAAGAAAAGAAAAGCACUUCUCAUUUUAAUCUUUGAGUUUCUCACGUUAAAGGAAAAAUCCACCCAGGAAUAAUUUAAACACUAUGACACAACAACAGCUGCUGAUUUUCACAUUUCGUUGUCUCGCCUCUUUUGCACUGAGGUCGAACAACAGCAAAGGGAAAAGUGGAUGUUUAGAGGAGGCUCCAGUUUUCUGCUUCUGGGGCGUAGAAAAAAAAAAAUAUUUCGAGAAAGAGAAAUGGGGUAAACUCCAUGAAUGUACGGAACAAGACGAGCUGGUACAUUAACAGUGUACGAGUCCCUGACGGUGGAUUCUUCCUUUUCUUUAAGGUGUUUUCAGGGUUGCAAACACUCGCAGCCUUUCCGAGAUGCAUCAAGGUCGUGGCACUGAUGUUCAGUAUAAAGCUGCCAGCACUGAUUUGAUCAACACAAUUAAAUUUUUACCGCUCAUCCUCUGCAGUGCCGCCUCAUGCGGUCGGUUUGGCUGCAGUGUUUGCGACCUCUGAAUGUCCCGUGUUGGAUGUGUUUUAUAUUUCUUUUGCUUCUGCUGUUUUACGGACGUCCAUCUGACCCUCUUAUGAUCACAUUUCGCCCUCCAAGCUCCUAUUUGACAUGAGUGCACUUUGAAUUAGCUCUGCUGCAGUGGAGUGUUGUAUACGUCUUCCCAGAGUAUUUGCUAAACCCCCCCUCUCCCCUCUUUCCUCCACACACACACACACACACACAC